UGUGUUAUAAGUCGCGGUAACUGUGUUCAAAGGCCGGGGUCAAUGUUAAUUGUUAAAAGACUAAAAAGACAAAUCGACCAAUUCUGCAUGUGAUCUAUAACUUAAAAUGACAUUAAUAAUAUGUGAAUUUGAAAUUAAAAGAGAUUUAAAUUUAGUUGAUAUGCAAUUGCAAAUCAAAGACUGAACACAUAAUAUUCAGCAUUCGCUAAAUAUUUUGAAUCUGUUUAUGUUGCAUAAUAUUCUUAAAGAAUUUGUUUUCUUAGUUAGAAAGGAUAAUAUAUAUUAGAUAUUGGCAGAGUUUCAGUUCUAUCAGAGAUUAAGUAUUUUACCUAGUCAACAAUAAAGUACUGGAUUGGUGAUUACAAACAAAUAUAAAUUAUGUUAUUAGUAACAUCAGUUACGUACCUACAACUGAUCGCCAUACUGUCUACAGUAAUAGACGCUGUGUCACCAGUUGGAAAUCCCCAAUGGCUUCCAGGAACCAACACACCGUUGACUUCACGGACAGGCCAUGAUGUUAUUAUUAAAUGGAUUCAUCAACAUCUUCCGGAUGAUGAUUCUAUCACUAUCUCCAAAAAUAAUGUAGCUAUAGCAAGCUAUGUUAUGGAUAAUCUGGUGAUGUUGAUAGAUGAUAAAAGAUAUCAUCUGCAGAAAACUGAACAUAAAACAAUACAAGAGAUAAUCUUGACCAUCAGCAAUGUAACCCUUGAAGACUCUGGUAUAUAUAGAUGUUAUCUAGAUCUAUUGAAAAAAUACAGAGAUAUACAACUCGCUGUUACAGAUUUUAGGUGGCUGAAAACAAGGAAUCCAGUAAAAUCAACUCUCAGACAAGAUGUUAAGUUGGUCUGGGAGUAUCAAAACAGCCGGCCUCUACAUAAGAUUGAUAUUAUUCGGUUUGACAACAAUACCAACCAGGUGGAAAAUAUUGGAGAAUGGACAGUGGUAAAUGGUUUUGUGGUUGAUCCAUUUCUAUCAACCGAGGUAGAACUCAUUCUAAGAGGAGAGAGAAUUACGCUAAAAUUAUCCGAGCCUAUUUAUAAAGAUUUUGACAAAAUAUACCGGUGUCAAGUCUACUAUGGGGAGUCAUUCAGUGAAGUUUCAGAGAUUCAACUUAUUGCUGAAAGACCAGCACUGACGUUUGCCUACCACAUAAUAAAGGAUGAGUUACACUUGGUAUGGAAUUACAGAUAUCGUUAUCCUGUAGUCGCUGUUAUACUGGUACAGAAAGGGUCCAACCUAACGGAACUAGGAUUUUGGUACCAAGGUAAAUUUGAAAUUGAGAAGCAUUAUAUGGGACGGUUGAUGUUCAAAAAAACUAGGGCUGAGAUAGACGGCUUUAUAGAAGAAAAUAUAACUCUAACUAUACUUAAUGUUACACAUGACGAUCUUAAAUUCUCCUACAGAUGUGAAAUUAUACCAGGUGAUGGACAGAAAAUUACCUUAGAUAAAGUACCAACUGUAAAUUGGAAUAUCACGAUCACUGAACAACCAUCAUCAGUACAGAAGAUAACUAAAGGAGAUAUGAUUAACUUAACAGUAACAGCUUCAUCAGACUUAUCACUUCAAUAUCAAUGGUAUUUCAACAACCAGGCUUAUGAUCUUAUCCCACCAUUCGCUCUACAUGAUACUACAGUGAACCAAACUUACAUCGAUACCAGGGUUUUAUCAGGCGAAGAUUACAGAAAGGUUGAUGGAAUUUAUACCCUUAAUGUAUCCAACAUCUUUCAAACUGUUCAAGUUACAACAGAAAUUGUUCUAGUAGAAGCAGACCCUGUUACGAGUUUCUUCAUGGCUGUAAAGAUUGCAGCAAUUACAACAGCUGUAAUAGCACUAGUAAUCAUACUUAUAACAAUUUUCAUAUGUUGGUGUACUCGGAGACGAUACUGUAAUAAUAAACCACAAUACGAUGCACGGUACAGUAAAGAGUGUGUGGAUAAUGCCAAGAAGAAUGAUCUUAGGAAGUUUGAGGUAAACGUUUUGGGCCAGGGUACAUGUGCGCUAGGGGAUACGGCUGUCCAUGUAAGCGACAAAGGUGACGAAGGAAACCAGGUUGAAGCCCUAAUAACUAACUUGCCAUCAAUCCAGACACUAACUGAUAAUAUGAAACAACAAUCACUGUUAGAUUUCGGUCUCCUCACAUCAACACCGAAAUAAUAAUGAACUGUGUAAUUUAAAAUCUCCCUGUUCACGUUUAAAUAUUUUCUCAUCUUGUUACAUAUUCCUGAUAAUAUUCGAAUAGUUACUAUUACUUAAUUAUUUCCAUUUAAUGUCCGAUUAUUGUCUCAUAAGACCUAAUAAUUAAUGUAGUAAUAAGCGUUUAUCCUAAAUGUAAGAAAAAGUCUAUGUGAUAAUUUUUUGGAUAUUUAUUUAAUUAUCCCAAUUAUGUAAAACUCCACUCACAUUUCAGUUGGACAGAUUCAAUAAAAUACAACGGGUGCUGUUUGAACUUCAUUUACCGAAGUUAAAGCUUCGCGGAGCUAAAUGGGAAUCCCAGUUCUUAAUUUUCAUCUUGAAACGAAUCAUAGUUGAUACUGGUUAUAGUAUCAUUCUUGCCUGAUAUUAUAUCAAACGACCAACUUAUAAACGCAAUUAUAAGUGUUUUGUCAAAUGAUAAGUAAAAUGUCGUGUAAUAAAGAUAUUAGAUAUUUGUUUAAUCACUCCAUGCGUGUAAUAGAGCGUUCAUGGAUCUUGCGAUUGGUCAGAUUUUUGCACGCUGACAAAGCUCAACCAAUGACUGAACUUAAUGCAUACUGUUCGAAGCUUCGCGGGGCCAAAUAAGACCAUCCGCUUUUUAUUCUAUCGUUCUUCAACAUCCCACCCCCUUGCUCCCAACCUCACCUAUUACACUAAGGAUAAACGACAAUUAUGAAUGUUAUAUACGACGUAUUCACUAACCCUGGUGAUCCUCCUUUCAUCGCCAUAACACAAGUAACGUAUUAACAGGGGAUUUUAAUAUUAAUGUUUUAUCUAAUUCCAGUAAUGCCAAAAAACUAGACGUAAUAUUACAACGCUUUGAUCUAGUAAAUCUCAUAUAUGAACCAACUAACUUUACAACCCAUCCCGGAACUUGCAUAGAUCUGUUUAUUACAAAUAAAAGGAAUCUUAUUUCUAAAUAUACAGUAUUGCACCCUAUAUGUAGUACUCAUUCGUUAAUAACUGUAGAAAUUAACUUUAACACCUAUAAACAAUUAUCAUAUAGACGGAAAAUCAAAAAUUACAACCAGGCUAAUUUUGAAGGUCUAUGUAACUCUCUUAAACAAAUAGAAUGGUCAACAACGGUUUUUAAGAGUAAGGAUAUAAACAAAUUAUAUAAUGAUUUUAAAAAUGUCCUAGACGAAAACACAUCAAAAUUCAUUCCUAGUAAAGUAGUCACAAUUAGACCCAAUGAUAAACCUUUUAUGAACAACUGCAUCCGCCUAAAAAUUCGACAAAGAAACCGAGCCCAUAAGCGUGCCAAAAAGUCAAAUAACCCAAACCAUUGGUUAAAGUUCCGUAAAAUUAGAAAUGAGGUAAUUUCACUCAUACGUCAAGCGAAAGAUGAUUUUAAAUCAAAAAUCACUAAUAAAAUAAAUAAUCACAAAGUCACAUCAAAUCAGUGGUGGAAAUUAGUAAAAUCAGUUGUGAAAAUGGAAAAAGUAAACAGUAAUAAUCAAACCCCAAUUAACAUUAAUGGCAAAAUUUAUUAUCAUCCACUUGAUAAGGCGACGGUAUUAAAUUCAUACUUUACAUCUGUUUCAAAUAUCAGGGGCGCAUAAACAUAUUUUCCCGUGUGUGUGUGUGGGGGGGGGGGGGGGGUACGCCAUCAUUAUCAUUUGUAAUGUAAGAUAUCCACUUUCUGGGCAAUGUAGCUACGGUGCGCAGAAGUUUCCCCAUGAGCACGGAAUAAUUUCACCUAAUACUUGACAAUACGAACUUUUGGUUUGAUUAAACUUAAAUGUGUAAGAGACUCUGGCAAACCGACCCAUUUUCCCGAGAAAAAACGGCUUAUCCCCAACCUACCGGUAUUCAUUUUGUAGUAGAAUCUUGAUGCCCAAGAUUUCCUCAAAGCGGCCCGUUCUCAACAGUAAUAAAAACUGGAGUGGUCGGUGAAUGGAGUGGUUUUAUAAUCGUUAUAUAUUUUGUUCAUAUUUAUACUCAGUAAUGAAAAUUGAAGUGGGUUUAUAUUUGAUAUACAUCUUAUUCAUAUUUAUACCCAGAAAUGAAAACCGAAGUAGUUUUAUAAUUGUUUUACAGUAUAUCUUAUUCAAAUACAGUAAUAAUAAGUGAAGUAGUUUUAUAUUUGUUAUAUCUUAUAUAAAUUUAUUGACAGUAAUAAUAAGUAAAAUUCAUUGUAGUUUUAUAAUUGUUAUAUAUCUUAUUCAAAUUUGUACACAGUAAUAAUAAGAGAACUAGUUUUAUAUUGUUAUAUUUGUUAUAAGGCAGCUAAAUGUGAUUGUGGAAUUACCGACACAAGGUGUAAAACUGAGUGAGUAGCCAAUGUGUAAAUAUACAAAUGUUGUUGAUUAAGUAUUCAUUGUAUUGUUUUGUUGUUUUUUUCAUAUAUUUCUUUUAUAUAUCGAUGUGUAUUCUUGUAUAUAGGACAGAGGCCAUAUAGGCUAUGCCUGUUCCUUAUCUACUCACGUUGAUUUAAACAAUAUUUUAUUCAGAUAAAAUUCAUGUUAAGAACAUACAUUGUCGAAAAUCUAAGGAUUCAAAUCCAUGCCACUUAUAUUUAUGCAUCUCCUUGAUACAGCUACAAAAUGUACACUUGAUACAGCUACAAAAUGUACACUUGAUACAACUGUUAUAGUACAUAUUUUGAUAUACAUGUAAUUACUUAUUUAAAUUAACUAAUUGCUUUAAAGUGGAUAAGUAAUUAAUCUUUAUUCCGAACCCUGAUCGUUUUAAUCUGAACGCACUGUCUUAUCUAUUUACCUUUUGUGAACAUCUAUUCUUAAAAUAAUUUAAUAUUACUUAACAUGCAUUUAGUCAUUGAUUUAGUAUGUACCUAUAUUUGAGUUAGGUCUCAGUAAUGUAAAUAUGUUAAUUUAUAACACAUUUUGUAUUAUAUGUUUAACCCUUAUCAUGUUUAUGUUCAAACAUAAGAGACGAAAUACGGACAAUUGUGUUUAUUCGUUAAUAAACCCAGUUCGACGUCAAAUAAUUAGUACCAAUGUUUCUUAUAGGUGAGUUAGUUUAUGAUUGUGUGGCCUAAUAAUUCAUUUAGUAUAUGCUUAUUUUAUGUAUAACAUUAUGAUGCGAAAUAGUUUACUACACUUAUUAACAUUGUAUGAUAAUACUUUAUAAUCGCCUAUUGAUUAAUGUAUGUUUCUUUUAUGCAUACUAUGAUAAUGUGAAAUAGCUUAGAAUUACACUUGGUCACAUAACAUAUGCUAAAUUAUAUAUUCAAUUAAUAUUAAUAUGUUUAUUUCAGUAAAGUGGGUCCACGACCAAAGCUACAAACAUAAAAUAUUUAUAUCAUAGUCACGUUUGGAUAUAUAAAUGAAUAUAUUUUCUUGAUGGACAUUUCAACACGCUUGGUAUUUUCUAGGUAUUUGCGUACUUAGUUUCCAACCCCUAUGCAAGUACAGAUAUUAUAACAAUCUUUUUUUUUCCAAUCUUGCUUUUCAUAUAUCAAGUUUGCUACAGAUAUUAUAACAAUCUUAAUGUAUAUAGCCUUGCUUUUUAUAUAUCAGGUUUACUACAGCUAUUAUAACAAUCUUAACAUUCAACUUUGCUUUUUAUAUGUCAGAUUUUGUUACAAAUAGUCACAAUCUUAGUAUUCAACCUUAAUUGUUACAGGUUUGCUGUGUAUAUUAUAACAAUCUUUAAUAUUCAGCUUUGAUUGAUAAACAAUGGUUUUGAUUUAAGUACUCUUUAGAUCAGUAUUUUUGUGAGCCAAUGACUUGGUUUUUUUCGCUUCUGAGUUUUAACGCAGCUUCAAUGUACUUAGAAACAGCUAACAGAUUUUUAACGCAGCUUCAAUGUACUUAGAAACAGCUAACAGGGUGGAUCUGUCUUCUGUUGUACACAGCUGUUGAUAAUUUAAAUUCUUUGGAAUAAACUCAUCUCUCAAACUGUUUAGAUAUGGACAAUUUAACAGAAAGUGCACAGUGUUUUCAUUUUCAAAAUGGCAUAACUUACACAUGGGCUGCAUUGUUUUCUUGAAAAUUGAUUAGCAGCCAAGGGUAAUAAGUUUAACCUCAAUCUUGUUAUGUUCCUCUUGUGAUGGAAAAGCAAGUCUAUACUAAGGUAUCUUUCUUGAACAAGAUCUUGUUUAAAAUUUUGGUAAUUAACAAGACUUUCGCUUUCAGCGAGUUUGCUUGACCAUUCUUGUAUACUUAUGUCUAUUAACCUUUGUUUGAAUUGUGCAAUAAUGUGAUUUAUGUUACCUAUGCUUGUAACAUUCCAAACAUAUGCAAAGCCAAGACUAAAUAAUAUUCAAUUAUUCAUUAAUAGAUAAUUUGUAAUUGAUGUUUUAAUUAUAAAUUCAAUAUAUCUUUA